GGGGAGAGAGUUUCACAUCUGAAAGGGGUUGAAGAAGAUAAAUCCCAAGGGAGGUGGGGUGCAUCGUCGUCCCUAAAGCUUUUACAAGCAGCCCAAGCAAACAGUUGACUCCUUAUCUGACGAAGAUGGUCUCCACGAGCAAGAUCAAAUCCGUCGAUUUCUACAGGAAAAUCCCGAGGGAUUUGACUGAGGCGACUCUGUCUGGAGCUGGAUUGUCCAUUGUAGCAGCACUCUGUAUGCUCUUUUUAUUUGGAAUGGAGUUAAAUAAUUAUUUGGCUGUAAGCACUACAACGUCCGUCAUCGUUGACCGGAGCUCUGAUGGGGACUUCCUGCGCAUGGAUUUUAACAUAAGCUUCCCAUCACUUUCAUGUGAAUUUGCAUCUGUGGAUGUCAGUGACGUAUUGGGAACUAAUAGGCUAAAUGUAACAAAGACAAUUCGGAAAUUUUCUAUCGAUCCGAAUUUGAGACCUACUGGUUCUGAGUUUCACUCUGGGGAAGUUCUAUCGCACGUUAAUCACGAUGAAGCAGGUGAAGAAGUAGUUGAAGAUUCUGUAUCCCUUACUAGCCGCAACUUCGACACAUUGUUACAUCAAUAUCCUAUCUCGGUUGUUAAUUUCUAUGCUCCGUGGUGCUAUUGGUGUAAUCUCCUGAAACCAUCAUGGGAGAAAGCAGCAAAACAAAUAAAAGAGAGAUAUGAUCCAGAAAUGGACGGACGUGUCAUUUUGGCAAAAGUUGACUGCACCCAAGAAGCUGAUCUCUGUCGGAAGAAUCACAUUCAAGGGUAUCCAUCCAUUCGCAUUUUCCGCCAAGGCAGUGAUCUUAGGGAUGACAAGGCACACCAUGAUCAUGAAUCAUACUAUGGAGAUCGUGAUACGGAAAGCUUAGUGAAGAUGGUGAUAGGUCUGGUAGAACCAAUCCAUGUAGAGCCCCAUAAACUUGCACUAGAGGACAAAUCAGGCAAUGCAUCGAAAACUUUAAAAAAGGCACCUUCUACAGGAGGAUGCCGAAUUGAAGGAUACAUACGUGUAAAGAAGGUUCCAGGCAACCUAAUGGUUUCAGCACGCUCGGGAUCACAUUCAUUUGAUUCUUCUCAGAUGAAUAUGUCCCAUGUUGUUAACCAUCUUUCAUUUGGGCGGAAGAUUUUGCCUCAGACAUUCGCUGACUUAAAGCGCUUGUCACCUUAUCUCGGUCAUAGUCACGACCGUUUGAACGGCCGCCCCUUCAUAAACCAACGUGAUCUGGGUCCUAAUGUUACCAUCGAGCAUUAUCUGCAAAUAGUAAAGACAGAGGUAUUGAAAAGCAAUGGACAUGCAGUGGUAGAGGAGUAUGAGUACACAGCACAUAGCAGCGUUGCUCAUACUUACUAUUUACCAGUCGCCAAGUUUCACUUCGAGCUCUCACCUAUGCAGGUUCUCAUAACCGAAAACUCAAGAUCCUUCUCACACUUCAUUACCAAUGUAUGCGCCAUUAUCGGUGGUGUCUUCACGGUUGCUGGAAUCUUGGAUUCUAUUCUCCACCAGACGAUGACACUGAUGAAAAAGAUUGAACUUGGAAAAAACUUUUGAAGCUUUCCCUUAGAGAGUUUUAUUUCGUUUUCUGUGUAACCUAUCGGAAAUUUUUGUUAUGUUAUACACAACCUGAUGAGGCAUAAGUAUCCUUGAAGAUAUUGGGAAAAUGUUUAUCCUUUUGAAUGUUGUUAUACACAAUCAGAUGAGGCAGAAUCAUUUAGACGUU